AUAAUAAAUCUAACAGUUACCGAGGUAACGGGUUCUGGUUCAGUUCGCCGUGUAAGCUGAACUCGUAAACAUCUUAUUCAACUUCCAACAAUCAAAAUUUUAUCACGUCUGAAAAUGGCAAACAUGAGACAGAUUCCCUUAACCUGCAGUGGACAUACACGGCCCGUGGUCCAUCUAGAUUUCAGUGGUAUCACCCCCUGUUCAUAUUUCUUGAUAUCAGCAUGCAAAGAUGGAAAACCCAUGCUCAGGCAAGGGGAUACUGGGGAUUGGAUCGGAACUUUUGAAGGUCACAAAGGUGCCGUUUGGGGCGUGGCUUUGAACACCGACGCCACAAAAGCGGCGACAGGCGCCGCAGAUUUCACAUGCAAAGUAUGGGAUGCCGUAUCUGGCGACGAACUUCAUUCCUUCCAACACAAUCAUAUCGUUAAAAGUGUCAAUUUUUCCAAGGAUAGCAACUACCUAGUAACAGGCAGUAACGAGAAACUUGUCAGGGUGUUCGAUCUGACCAAUCCGGAAGCAGCUCCUGAAGUAUAUACCGGCCACACCUCUGGAAUUAAACACGUUCAGUUCUUCAGAAAUGACACACAUCUGAUUUCUUGCGCAGAUGAUAAAACCCUCAGGGUAUGGAAUAGAGCCACAGGAAGUGAGGUCCAAAAGAUCGAGUUUCCAUCUGUACCAGGCAGCCUUGAAGUGUCACGUGACGGCACUGUCAUCACAGUAACCCAUUCCAACCACGUGGUGUUCUUGGAUGCAGAACACCUUAAUAAAAUCAGGGAAUUCCAAUUACCUACAUCUGUGAAUUCAGCCUCCCUACAUCCAGAUAAAAGCAUAUUUGUGUCUGGUGGUGACGAUCUCAAAGUAUACAAAUUCGAUUAUACGACAGGUAGUGAAAUAGAAUCCUUCAAAGGCCACUUUGGCCCAGUGCACUGCGUGAAGUUUUCCCCAGAUGGUGAACUCUAUGCUUCUGGAUCUGAAGACGGCACUUUGAGGUUAUGGCAGACAACAGUCGGAAAGACCUAUGGCUUAUGGAAAUGUUUGGAUGGCUCUCAGGUUAACAACGACUCGCUUUCAGUUAUGAAAGAAGUACAAGCCAUGUAAAUAACCUUUUUUACCUGUUUGUCUCAUGGUGUGAUCUAUGAAGAUGUUCAUAAAAAAAAUGGGAGAAAUGCAAAUUUUUUGAGAGAACUAGGCUAAGCGAAUGGGAAAUUGAUCUAUUUUAUGGUACUGGUUUUGUAUGGUUUUCACUGCUGAAAAUUGAUUUGUUUGUUAAUAUUGAUAGUUUUUUCAUGAAAUUGAUAGUGAAAAUGUUUUAUUUAUUCUUUCGAUUUGUUUUCGUACCCAAUGUGUCAAGAUCACACUGUCGAUAAAUAUCAUGUGAUGAAAUAUUCGAUUGUAAUUUUUAAUCUGUAAGUAAUUUUGAAGUCUGACAUUAUUAGUAGUGCUUCCCAUAAUUAGAUGAGAAGUAGACUUAUGUAUUAACGACAUUUUUCUUAUGUUUUCAAUUUUUUUAUUUUGUGUUUGAAGAAAAACAGAAUAAAUUUUUGUGAUUUUA